AUGGAGGACCUCAAUCACAGGUUGACAUCUUUGGAGACGGCACGGACUGAGGUUCCUUCUGGAGUAGCUGAUAUUCCGGGUAGAUAUGAUGCAGUUGAAGCUUCUAGUCAUCGUGAUGUGAGUCCUUCAAUGAGUUUAGAUGCACACAAUAGUCGUAACUCAGAGUACUCAUUCUAUGAACGAGACCGAACUUAUCAUCGACUUGGUGAAGUGGAUGACGAUCUUUCUACCAUUAGGAUUACCCUUCCCACCUUUGGAGGAUUAAGAGGGGCAGAGGAAUUUUUGAAUUGGACAACGAAGUGCGAUAUGGCAUUUGACUGUCAUAAUUACUCGGAUGGCAAGAAAUUCCGAAUGGCGAUAUUUGAAUUCAGGGAUUAUGCAUUGACUUGGUGGGAGAAGGAGAGACGUUAUAGAGAACGGCAUCAACGAAAUCCGAUUGACACUUUGCCCCGGUUGAAGGAAAUCAUGAGGAGGCAUUUUGUGCCACAAAAUUAUGAACGAGAUAUGAAUAUCAAGUUGCAGUCCUUGGUGCAAGGUUCGAAAUCGGUGGAGGAAUAUUUUAAGGAAUUGGAGAUUUUGAUGAUGCGAUUGGAUAUUGAUAAGAGCGAGUCAUUGACAGAAGCUCGGUUCAUUAAGGGUUUGAGGCGUGAGAUAGCUGAUAUGGUUAAGCUGCACCAUUUUCUUUCUCUUCGGGAAGCUGUGGAUUUGGCUAUCAAACGCGAGGAGCAGCUCAAAAGACCAACCUCAACUGAAUUCUCAUCUCAAAGGAAGUUUCCAACAAGUUAUGUAGCUCCGGUUGUAUUUUCUACCGGAUCUAAAGGAAUUGUUUUCACUAAGCCCUUCAAUAAAAAUAUGGAUAAAGGCAAAUAUAAAAUAAUUGAUAAGAAGGAUGAGGCUGCGAAGUUCAAAGGAAAGGAUUUUGGACAGCAAAAAGAAAAGAUUGUAACGUGCUAUAAGUGUCAUGGACAAGGGCACUAUGCAGGUCAAUGCCCCAAUAAACGAACCAUUAUGAUUUUGGAGAAUGGCGAAUGGGGAUAUGUCGAUGAUGGUGAGGGCGAUGAGGUAGUAGAGGCUGAAGCAGAGGCUGGAAGUGAUGAAGACGUUGAAGAAGUGUGUGAUGAGGAUCUAUUAAGUUUAGUAGUCAUGCGUGCCUUGACAUCUUUACCGCGCGAAGAUAAGGAUGCGGGACAGCGAGAAAAUCUAUUCCAUUGUCAUUGCAAGGUAGCGGGACAUACUAUAUCCAUGAUACUGGAUUCGGGUAGUUGCACCAAUGUUAUUAGUUCCUAUGUGGUCGAGAAGCUGAGUUUGAAUACCACCCCACACCCGAAACCAUAUAACCUACAUUGGAUGAGCGAUGAAGGAGUUGUCCGUGUCGAUAGACGAGCGAUUGUUAUCUUGUCAAUUUGUGGUUUCAGCGAUGAUGUCCUUUGUGAUGUGUGUCCCAUGACUGCAUGCCACCUCCUUUUGGGACGACCAUGGCAAUUUGAUAGACAUGUUUUGUACAAUGGAUAUAAGAAUCAAAUAUCGUUCACUAAAGGUCGUAAGAAGCUGAGCAUUUCCGCCCUUCCACUCGAGACCAUCCGUCGUGAUGCUGAAAAUUUACAUAGGACUAUACGAGAUGUGGCAAAAUCAAAAGGGGCUGUUGUUACCAUUUUGGCGAAACCUUCCGAGGGAGACGAUAGCAAGCUGAUGCUUAACUUGCUUAAAGAGUUUGAGGAUGUUUUUCUGGAUGAUAUACCACCUGGAUUACCACCAUUGCGAGGCAUCGAACAUCGUGUUGAUUUUGCACCGGGUUCAUCAAUCCCCAAUUGGCCAGCUUAUAGGUGUAAUCCAAAAGAAAGUGAGGAAAUUCGAAGACAAGUCCAAGAGCUUCUUGAUAAGGGAUGGGUUCGAGAAUCUUUAUCUCCUUGUGCUGUGCAGAUGGUCUUAAGGUUGAUGAAUCUAAGGUUGCUGCAAUCCGGGAAUGAAAAAAAUGUACAAUGGGAGGCAAGUCACGAAGCAUCCUUUGAGAAGCUUCGGGAUAGUUUGACACAUGCUCCGCUUUUGGCACUACCCGAUUUUGAACGUGCUUUUGAAGUCCAAUGUGAUGCUAGUGGAGUUGGUAUAGGUGCAGUACUAUUACAAGAAGGACGACCGAUUGCUUAUUAUAGUCAGAAAUUCAAUGGAGCAGCCCUUAAUUACUCGACAUACCACAAGGAAUUAUAUGCGGUUGUGCAAGCCCUAAGAGUUUGGCAACUUUACUUGCUGCCAAAGGAGUUUGUGAUUCACACGGAUCAUGAGACCUUCAAGCAUUUGCGUGGGCAGCAGCAACUCAAUCAGCGUCAUGCUCGGUGGGUAAGCUUUAUUGAGCAAUUUCCAUAUGUGAUUAAGUAUAAACAAGGGAAAGAGAACGUAGUUGCUGAUGCAAUCUCUCGGAGGUAUGUUUUACUUAAUCAUACUCGUACACAUUUGGUUGGAUUUGCACAUAUUCGUGAGUUGUAUGAGCAUGAUGUAGAUUUUGGUGAUAUAUUUAGGAAGUGUGAGAAGCAUGGUUUUGAUGAUUAUUAUAAGCAUGAUGGCUAUUUGUUUCAUGGUGAUAAAUUGUGCAUCCCUAGAUGUAGCAUUAGAGAUGUUUUGAUUGAGGAGAGUCAUGGUAGUCAUAUGCUUGGACAUUUUGGUAGACAUGCUACAUUUGAUGUUCUUAGCGUUCACUUUUACUGGCCUCAUAUGCGUAAACAUGUUGAUUCUUUUGUUGAUAAGUGUCUUGCAUGUAGAGUGGCGAAGAGUACUUUGAAGCCCCAUGGUAUGUAUACUCCUCUUCUCACUCCGGAAGGCCCUUGGUUAGAUAUUUCUAUGGAUUUUGUUAUUGGUUUACCUCGGACACCGCGUGCUAAAGACUCAAUUUUUGUUGUGGUUGAUAGAUUUUCCAAGAUGGCUCACUUUAUACCUUGUGCGAAAACGACAUAUGCUAGUCAUGUGGCAAAGCUUUUCUUUCGAGAGGUUGUGAAAUUGCAUGGGGUCCCAAAAACUAUUGUAUCUGACAGGGAUGUAAAGCAUGUUAGUUCUAAUACUAAAUUGUUCCCGUUUGAGGUUGUUUAUGGUCUUAAUCCUUUAACUCCUACUGAUAUGUUGCCACUACCUAGUAGCGAGCAUUUGAAUUUUAGUGACAGGGAUCGAGCUACAUCAAUCAAGGAAUUACACGCCAAAGUACGGGAGCACAUUCAUAAGGCGGCCGCGACAUACGCACGCUAUGCCAAUCGCGGAAGAAAACGCGUGAUAUUUCGACCCGGAGAUUGGGUAUGGGUACAUUUGCGUAGAGAACGCUUUCCGGAGCUGCGGCGUGGAAAACUUUAUCCUCAUGGAGCUGGUCCAUUUCGUGUGUUGGAGCGCAUAAACGAUAACGCAUACCGGAUUGCACUUCCGGAAGACUUGGGCGUGAAUGCGACUUUCAACGUUGCCGAUUUGAGCCUUUUUUAUCACGCUGAAGAUGCUACUAGCCUUGAGUACAAGGCAACCAAAAAUGCUACUACUAGCCUUGGGGACAAGGCAGCCGAAGGGGGAGAGGAUGACACGGCUGCGGAUCACCCGAACCCGAACUUAGACAGUCCGAUUGCAACCCGAACCCGGUCGAAGCUACUUGUUUGCUUGGAGGUUGUGAUCCUUUGA